UCUGCUGAAAUGCGGAGUACCACAUUGGCUUUGAUGGCUGUUGUUGUGGUUUUGUACCUCACAGUAGAAGUAAGGGGACUGGCAAGAUGCAAGGGAAAACCAGGGACGUCUAAGUGCACUGGACACCUAGAUGGUGGCAACAACCGCAAGAGAAAGUGCAAAAAGUCGGCCAAUAAGGACAUGUGGCACUACAAUGCAGUGACCAAAAGGUGCACCAAACUUAAUUACCUCGGCUGUGGCGGCAACGCCAAUCGUUGGUGCACAAAAGUAUUGUGCGAGGGCUGCCGACCGAGAAAUACCUUUUAA